AGAAGGCGGACCCCACAGAAAAGGGGGCGUGUCGGGUGGUGAAAGCCCACCAGGCCACCAGUUACGGAAAGACGACAUCUGCAAACGCCGUCUGCUUCUGCUUUUAGCUUUUGCUCUCCCCAUCAUCUCUCAGCUCACCCUCAUCAUCAUCAUCAUCACUACAACUUCACACAAAAUUCACAGCCUCCACAACUUUUUUUUUUCUCUAUUCCUGCAUACACAUUCUUUUAUAAACAACAAAAACAGAAUCACUGCUCGUCACUAUGCUACACUUGAUACAAGAGAAAGAAAGAUAAAACCAGGAAAAGACUACUACAUUGUGAAAGAACCAAUGACCAAGUGAUACACAGUCUUUCUUAUCUUUUUCCUUUGCUUUUUUCUCACUCUUUACUCUUUGGUCUCGACCGUCCGAUCUUUGUCAGUGGUCGUCAAGGCAAUGGGAAGCGUGACGUCCGAUGACGAGGCCUCUGAUCAGCAGAGCGAAAGGUGCGGCAGCUACUCUCUCAGCGCUGACGUCAGCGAGUCCGAGAGUUGUAGUACCAAUAGCUUCUCGUGUCGGAGAUUCGAUGCUGAAGGUGGUUCAAGCUCGCUUACUUCAUCUCCCCGUCCGGUUGCCGGAGGUUUCGGCUUUCCUAUUCCGGUUAUGGUGCCGGUGAUUGGCGGUAAGGAUGUCGUUGUUUGGGACGAGAAGCCGGAAAAGCCUGAUACAGAGUUGUCAGCAGAAGUUGAGAUGAUGAAAGAAAGAUUUGCUAAGCUACUUCUCGGAGAAGAUAUGUCUGGUGGUGGUAAAGGUGUUUGUACUGCGCUUGCCAUCUCAAAUGCUAUCACCAACCUCUCUGCGACUGUGUUUGGGGAGCUGUGGAGGUUAGAGCCUUUAGCUCAGCAGAAAAAGGCAAUGUGGAAGAGAGAAAUGCAGUGGCUAUUAUGUGUUAGUGAUUCGAUCGUGGAGCUUGUGCCUUCCAUACAACAAUUUCCAGGUGGGGGUACAUAUGAAGUAAUGGCGACACGGCCUCGCUCAGAUUUAUAUGUGAACUUGCCUGCACUUAAGAAGCUUGAUGCUAUGUUGAUCAGUAUGCUUGAUGGGUUCGGUGAGACAGAGUUUUGGUAUGUUGAUAGAGGGAUUAUUGUGGGUGAAGGAGUUGAGUGUGAUGGGUUUUCAUCAUUGGUUUCUAAUGGGAGGCCGUCAGUUAGACAGGAAGAGAAGUGGUGGUUGCCUUGUCCAAAAGUGCCUCCAAAAGGGUUGUCCGACGAUUCAAGAAAAAAAUUGCAGCAAUGUAGGGAUUGCACGAAUCAGAUACUGAAGGCAGCCAUGGCAAUUAAUAGUAGUGUGCUUGCAGAAAUGGAGAUACCAAAUUCAUACUUGGAGACCUUGCCUAAGAGUGGAAAAGCUUGUCUCGGCGACAUCAUCUACCAUUACAUAACUGCUGAUCAGUUUUCGCCAGAAUGCCUUCUUGAUUACCUUGAUUUGUCAUCGGAACAUCAUACUCUUGCAAUAGUUGACAGAGUCGAGGCAGCUGUCCAUGUAUGGAAGCAGAAAGAUCAAAGAAAACACACAAGUCACAUGAAAGCUAGGCGCUCAAAAUGGGGUGGCAAGGUCAAGGGCCUAGUUGCUGACACUGAAAAAAAUAAUUUUCUGGCACGGCGAGCUGAGACCCUCUUACAGAGCCUGAGGAUUCGUUUCCCUGGCCUCCCACAGACUGCAUUGGAUAUGAACAAGAUUCAAUACAACAAGGAUGUAGGGCAGUCGAUUCUCGAAAGUUACUCAAGGGUGAUGGAGAGCUUGGCUUUCAACAUUAUGGCAAGAAUCGAUGAUGUCCUUUAUGUUGACGAUGCUAACAAGCAAUGUGCUGCUGCAGAAUCACUCUCUGUGUUCAGCAGGGGAGGUCUGAGCGGUGUUCCCAUCCAGAAGCCAAUGUCUCCAAGCCCUUUCUCUAUCCAACGCACCCCAUAUACUUCCCCAUUUGCUACACCAACCUUCAGUUCUUCAACCCCUGUCAAGGGAAGCCCUGGAAGGUCUACAUCUUUGCUAAGGAGUGGUCGAACGGAGGCAACAGAGCAGAAACUAGAAAAACCAUGUCCAGUUGAGUUUGAGAGGGUUUGGUCUUAUACUGGGAACCUAAGUUCAAGAAGAGUACCUGGUGAUGCGCCAGAGCGGGAUUGACAUGAUUUUUCAUCCACUUCUAUCAAAGAGGAUGCAAAGAUGUUAGUGAGACUUAUGGCUAACAGGUGGAUAGGAAAUGGUCAUUAUGUCUUGUAUAUUGUUUAGCAGUAGGAAUAUCAUGUUCAGAAAGUUUUGAUCAGGUGUUAGUUAAGCAAAGAUGAUAAUGAUUCAGGCUUCGGCCAUUAAUGUAUUAUCUAAUGUGUUGGUGAAGAA